UCAGACCAAACAAGAGUCAGCCACUGAAAGAAACAAGAGUUAAGGAAGUCGGGACAAAAGGAAUCAAGUUUCAGUAUAGCUUAACGCUCCUGAGAGAACUUGACUGAAAGGAAAACCUCCACUGUUCGUUUUCCCACUCUGUGAAAAGAGAAAAAGUUCAAGAUUAAUAUUGGUCAUGCUGCUAGUGUAAGCUGGCUAGGGGUUUAAUGUGUCCCCGUGAUGGCAGUUUCAGCAAAUAUGAAGCCAGGAGCUGGACACUGUGCGAGUGAAGGGAGGCUAUCUUGGCCAGUUUUCCUGCUGACCCUAGCUGCCGUCACCUCCUCUACUCUCUCGGCUCUCUCCCUUUACCAGUUAAAGACUCUGGGAGAUGAAGUAGAGAUUCUCAAGACAGACAUCAGCCGGACGAGAGAAGAGUGGCAAAAGGUCAGCCCCAGAGGUCAGAGUGAAAACAUCCAUGCAAGAGAAAAUAACCAAGAGCUACGAGAUCUACCAGAGUCUCAACAUGUUGUUAGUCAAAUAAGAAGAAAAAGAAACAUUGCUGAAUCAGGGAUGUUAGGUUCUCGGUCCUGCCUGCAGCUUCUGGCAAACAACAGCAGACAACCAUUCAGAAAGGACCUGCCUUCAGGUCUGUACACCGGUAUCCCGUGGCAAGCUGGGCUGAGGACAGGCUCAGCCCUGGAGGCAGAAGAUGACCGUAUUGCAGUGAAGGAGGCUGGCUUUUACUUUGUCUACAGUCAGGUCUACUACAUGGACAGCACAUUUACAAUGGGCCAUGUGGUGAUCCGGCGGAAGAGGUAUGUAGUGGGAAAUGAGGAUCAGGAUGUGCAUUUGUUCCGCUGCAUCCAAAGCAUGAACCCUGAUUAUGCUUUCAACACCUGCUAUACGGGAGGAAUUGUAAAGCUGGAGAAGGGAGACUACUUGGAACUUCUGAUUCCUCGGUCUAUGGCCAACAUUUCCAUGGAAGGAGACUCUACCUUCUUGGGUGCUUUCAAGCUCGCUUAAAGUGUAUGAUCUGAGACUGCAGCAUAAAGAACAAUGCUCCACAUGACAUGUAUUUGGAGGGAGAAAUGCAGUUAUUGGGCACUUUCUGUUGAACAAAAAAAAUCCAGCAAGAGGCACCAACUUUAUGGCUGAAUGCUAUAUUGCAUCUUUCAUACAGUAUGUUAUACAGUAGGAUCUAAUGUGAAACAGACAAUACUGAGGCUUUAAUGAUGUUCAAUUUAUCUCAUUUAAAUUCAAAGCAUGCAGAAUUAUUUUCUUCAUAUAAUCGCACACUUAGCAGUCAGAACUUGUAAGCCUUUUUUUUCCAACUCAUUUUGCAGGCAGUAAAAACAAAAAUCAUAUAAGUCAUUUUGGGCAAGAUUACUAUAGCACCAAAUAGCUGUCUUUGUAUUUUCUUAAAAGCAGAUUAUCAUUGUGAUGGCCUCAUUUAUACAGAUCUGUAGCUUAUGAAAACAAAAGUUAAAAUAAAAUAAAAAAAAUGUGUCGAAUGUCA